ACGGGGCGAGGCCGGGCCAGGCCGGCGUCCAAGCCCGGCUGGCUGCGAGCCGCGGAGCCUGCGCGAGCCGCUCCCGCCGAGAAGAUGGCGGCCCCGCGGGCGGGCGGGGGCGGGGAGGAGGCGCGUCGGCUGCCCGCGGGGCGCGCGCCCAGGAACUACUCCUUGGGAGCAGAGUCUAAACAAUUUGAGUUGUUGAAAAUAUGAAUCCUGUUACUUGUGAACAGUGGUUGACGACAAUGGUGUUUUGAGGCCCAGCUGUCUACUGACAAGAGAUUUCAUCAACCAGGUUUUUUGUUGUAUUUUGGAUUCCAGGAGAAAACGUGUCCAAGCUUUCAGUGUUGGGCAGGUUUUCACUUUAUACCAGUCCUUCCCCUCGAAUGGAGCAUGGUGUAAACCAGAGUCAUCAUUAGCAUUCGAAUGCGGUUGAAGCCUGGACAACAGGGAAGAGAGUUCUCACGGUAUGGAAGAUAAAGGAGACCCGAGCAGUGAGGAGGCGCCUAAAGCUAUCAAACCCACAAGCAAAGAGUUCAGGAAAACAUGGGGCUUUCGAAGAACCACUAUUGCAAAGAGAGAGGGUGCGGGAGACGUGGAGGCAGACCCGUUGGAGCAGCAGUCCCCACGGCAGCAUGGCCUCUCCUUGCGGCGCAGCGGGAGGCAGCCAAAGCGCACCGAGCGGGUGGAGGAAUUCCUUACAACAGUUCGGCGCAGAGGAAGAAAGAAUGUUCCUGUCUCCCUUGAGGAUUCCAGUGAGCCAACAUCUUGUCCAGUCACAGAUGUUGAAACUGCCUCGGAAGGGAGUGUAGAAAGCACCUCUGAGAUGAAAAGUGGCUCCCAGUCUGGUUCCACAAGUGUACAGGAAGGACCAGCCUCUUCUGGAAAGGCCACAGGAGGUGAGGACGAGGAGGACACCUCUGACAGUGACAGCGAUGGCCUGACUUUGAAGGAGCUUCAGAAUCGCCUUCGGAGAAAGCGAGAGCAGGAGCCACCUGAGAGGCCCGUGAAGGGCAUCCAGAGUCGCCUGAGGAAGAGGCGUCGGGAGGAAGAUCCCACAGACACUGUGGAUGUCGAAGCAGGCAGCACAGUCGAGAAUGUUCUGCCCAGUAAGCAAGAGCCCGACACGGACCAGGAGGCCGUGUCCCAGGCAGUGAACGAUGACCAAGAGAGUAAGCUGGAGGGGACAGCGGCCCAGGGAGUUAAAGAUGAAGAGCCAGGAGAUGCAGGCAAGCCCAAGCCUGAGUGUGAAGUGUACGACCCCAACGCCCUGUACUGCAUAUGUCGUCAGCCUCACAACAACAGGUUUAUGAUUUGCUGUGACCGAUGUGAAGAAUGGUUUCAUGGUGACUGUGUGGGCAUCUCUGAGGCUCGAGGGAGGCUUUUGGAAAGAAACGGGGAAGAUUAUAUCUGCCCAAACUGCACCAUUCUGCAAGUGCAGGAUGAGACUAAUUCAGAAACUACAGAUCAGCAGGAAACUAAAUGUAGACCUGGAGAUGCUGAUGGCACGGACUUUACAAGUAUAGGAACAGUGGAGCAAAAAUCCAGUGAAGACCAAGGGAUAAAGGGCAGAAUUGAGAAAGCCGCUAAUCCAAGCGGGAAGAAAAAACUCAAGAUUUUCCAGCCUGUAGUGGAGGCUCCAGGUGCCUCCAGGUGUACUGGCCCUGGGUGCUGCAAUGCGGCGCAGCCUGACUCGGUCUACUGCAGCAACGACUGCAUUCUUAAACAUGCUGCAGCUACUAUGAAAUUCCUAAGUUCAGGUAAAGAACCAAGACCAAAACCUAAAGAAAAGAUCAAGAUGAAGCCAGAAAAGCUCAGCCUUCCAAAAUGUAGUGUUCAGGCAGGCAUUAGAAUCUCUCCUCUGCACAAGAGACCAGCUCCAGAAAAGAAAGAAGGUUCAGUGAAGAAGGCGGUGGUGGCUCUUUCUAGGAGUGAAGCCCUCGGGAAGGAGACAGCUUGUGAAAGCAGCACGCCAUCGUGGGCAAGCGACCACAACUACAAUGCAGUAAAGCCGGAAAAGACUGCCGCUCUGUCGUCGGCACUGUUGUGCAAAUUUGGCCUUUUAACAAAUCACCUGUGGAGGGGGAGGAGUGCUCGUCCAGCCAUGAAGGCAGACAGAAGAGUGGAAGAAAAGGCGGUGGCGGCCUCAGCCUCAAAGCAGACAGCCCCUCCAGGCUCCUCGGUGGGCAAACAACCAUUGCCUAGAAGUCUCGUUCCAAAGAAGUCUUCUUUUGCUAAUGUGGCAGGAGCCAAACCAGUCCUUAAAAAGUCACCUUCUGGCUUCAAGGGCACCAUCCCCAAGAAGUCAUGGCUCUCGACCGCCCCAUCAGGUGGCACUUCUGCUGUCAGGCGGGCAGGGCCCGUGCUGGUCUCUGUGACGGCUGCUUCCAAAAAGUUCCCUGGCUCAGCUGCUUUGGUUGGAGCCAUCAGGAAGCCGGGAGCAACUUCUCUUCCUGCGGCCCCUCCAGCCCCAGGACACCUCGGAACUGGGAGCCCUGCUCAGUCACAGCCAAAUUCACAGAUUCGGCAGAAUAUAAGACGCUCCUUAAAAGAGAUCUUGUGGAAAAGAGUCAAUGACAGCGAUGACCUAAUCAUGACAGAAAAUGAAGUAGGAAAAAUCGCCCUCCAUAUUGAGAAGGAAAUGUUUAACUUGUUUCAAGUUACAGACAAUCGCUACAAGAGUAAAUACCGUAGCAUCAUGUUCAACCUGAAGGACCCCAAAAACCAGGGACUCUUCCAUCGGGUUCUGCGUGAGGAAAUCUCCCUGGCAAAACUUGUGAGAAUGAAGCCAGAAGAACUCGUAUCUAAGGAACUUUCCACAUGGAAGGAGAAACCGACGAAAUCUGUGAUGGAGUCCAGAACUAAGUUGCAUAAUGAAAGCAAGAAGACUGCCAUUAAACAGGAAACUGUUCCCAACAUGGAGGAUUCUCCACCCGUGUCAGACUCAGAGGAACAGCAAGAAUCAGUACGAGCUGUCCCUGAAAAAAGCCCCGUGCCUCUUCUGGACGUCUUCAGCAGUAUGCUGAAAGACACAACGAGCCAGCACCGGGCGCAUCUUUUUGAUCUAAACUGUAAAAUCUGUACAGGUCAGAUUUCAUCAUCAGAAGAUGAGCCAGCUCCAAAAAAACAAAAAUUAUCAGCUUCUGCUAAGAAAGAAGACUUAAAGUCCAAAUAUGACAGCUCUCCAUCUGGUCUAGUUCCUAACUCAGCUGAUGAAGUGAUACCAGAAACUCUGACCGAAAAUGUUUCUGAGCCAGACCUAGAAAGUGCUUCUCAUCCAAACCCAGAGAGAAAGUAUUUCCCUGGGCCUCCAGGAGACAGCCACCCAGAGCCCUCCCCCCUGGAAGGCCUCCCUCCCUGCCCAGCCUCCUGUGGGGGUGGGGUGGUCACCACUGUCACAGUGUCCGGCCGGGACCCCAGGACUGCUCUGAGUGGGUCUUGCACGGUUGCGGCCUCUAUAGCAGCCCACCCGGACAGCAUACACACAGUAGAAAGCAAACAAGAUGUGGUGAAGCCUGCUUUGACUUCUGUGACAGUGCCCAAGUCCAUACUGGCUAAGCCGUCCUCAUCCCCUGACCCAAGAUACUUGUCAGUUCCACCAUCACCAAAUAUCAGUGUCCCAGAGUCACGUUCCCCUCCAGAAGGAGAUACAACCCCGUUUUUGUCUCGACUCAGCACCAUUUGGAAAGGAUUUAUUAACAUGCAAAGUGUAGCAAAAUUUGUCACUAAGGCAUAUCCUGUCUCUGGGUGUUUUGAUUAUCUCAGUGAGGACUUGCCUGACACAAUUCACAUUGGUGGGAGGAUCGCGCCGAAGACGGUUUGGGAUUAUGUCGGCAAGCUCAAGUCUUCUGUGUCUAAGGAGCUCUGUCUGAUCCGCUUUCACCCUGCGACAGAGGAAGAAGAGGUUGCCUAUAUUUCUCUCUACUCCUAUUUUAGCAGUCGUGGCCGCUUUGGUGUUGUAGCUAAUAACAACAGGCACGUCAAGGACCUCUACCUGAUCCCACUGAGUGCCAAGGACCCUGUUCCAUCCAAACUCUUGCCCUUUGAGGGACCAGGUCUUGAGUCACCACGUCCAAAUAUAAUCCUUGGGUUGGUAAUCUGUCAGAAAAUAAAACGUCCUGCCAGUGCUGGAGAGGUAGACAAGAUAGAUGAGAAGCGGACCCGACUUCAACCAGAAGAAAUGGAUGUCUCAGUCUACCCCAAAGUAACCCCAGUCCCGCAGUCUGAAAAGAAGCCCUCCAAGUACCAGCUCUACUCUGCAGACACAGCUGUCAGUAGCACACCACCUGGGUCACCUCCGCCUCCACCCCCUCUUCCAGAACCACCGGUGUUAAAAAUACUGUCGUCCCUCAAGCCAGGAGCCACCAACACUGUCACAGCAUCAACAGCACCAGCAGCCAUCACCACAGCAGCUCCCUCUGUCAUAUCACCUGCUUCGAAAACAGCUUCGCCGCUGGAGCACAUCCUGCAGACUCUCUUUGGAAAGAAGAAAUCAUUUGACACCCCUGCCAAAGAGUCUGUGGGAGCUGUUCCUGCCUUCCACCGGGAUUCCAAAACCACGGCAGACGACGGGGUGUCAGCAGCUCCUUUGCUGGAUCCGAUAGUUCAGCAGUUUGGUCAGUUCUCAAAAGAUAAGGCUCUAGAGGAAGAGGAGGAUGAUCGACCCUAUGACCCUGAAGAGGAAUACGACCCGGAGAGAGCCUUUGGCGGGCAGCUCACUGAGCGCGGGAGGAGCCACGAUGUGGAAGAGGCUCCCGAGUCAGCCGAGAGGGAGGAGGUGGCCUACGACCCUGAGGACGAGACGAUCUUAGAAGAAGCGAAAGUGACCAUUGAGGACCUGCCCAACAGGAUGUGUGCAGACGUGAGAAGCAGUUCUGCGGAGAGGCCUGCUGAGCAGGCUGCCAACGUUCCCGCUCCAUCUCUGGUGGAGCAGCAGAAAAUGUUAGAAGAACUGAACAAGCAGAUUGAGGAGCAGAAGAGGCAGCUGGAGGAGCAGGAGGAGGCUCUGAGGUUGCAGAGGGCAGCUGUCGGGGCCUCCAUGGCCCACUUCUCAGUGUCUGAUGCACUGAUGUCACCUCCGCCCAAGGCGUCACUGACCAAGGCUGAACUGUUUCAUCAAGAGCAGCAGACCCUGGACUCGUCAGCAGGUCAGGUGACCCAGGUGACAAACCAGAGCUCAGACUCAAGACAAAGCAGAGACCCACGGCAGGCGCGGCGGCUGGCCACCGAGAGCAGCGAGAGCGAGCCUCUCUCAAAGCCCCCAGCGAAUAGCAUGCAGGGUGCCCCACCAGCAAGAGAAGCUUCUGGAGGGGUCACUGUGGGUCAGGUGCCUGUGUUGGCCCCGGAAGAAAAGCAGACAGCGUCUCCUCUGUGGGUUGCAGGUGAAAAGGUGCCCCUGGUGUCUGACCAGGAUGGCCAGAAGUGUGAACACCCAGGGAGUCCCACCCCGCAGCCUGUGGAGAGCACCCACCCCACUGCAGCUGCAGAUGGCCCGGCCAGACCAACCCGGAGAGUGCUGUUGCCCACGCCCCCCAGUACCUCCUUCCAGCCCAGCUGCCCUCUGCAGAAUGAUGGGCCGAGUUUUAAUUCUCCUGCAGGAAGGGACCCUUUCUCUAGUCCGGUGUUUACAUCUCAGGAAAAAUCUCUUGGUUCGUCCCAGUAUGAGGACCCAAGAAAUCCUCAGUCUGCUGCAAAGAGUGACCACCCAGCAGCUGAUACUGAGGGGGACAGAGAGCUACAGUCCAGACCUGGCGAGGGGACCACCCCGUUCUCCCUACCCGGACAAAAAGGAGGCGCCCCUCAGCCCCAGUUUCAGGGCCAGCGUGAACCCACACCUCGCACUUUCGGGAUGUCAGGACUUUAUGGCCCCAAUUUCCCAGGACCAAGGGGGCCAGUCCCUCCAUUUUCAGAAGAGAAUAUUGUUUCUAAUAACGAUGGGCCAAGAGGGCCCCCACCAGCCAGAUUCGGGGCCCAGAAGGGGCCCAUCCCUUCCUUAUUCUCAGGGCAGCAUGGGCCACCUUAUGGGGACAGCAGGGGCCCAUCACCCUCUUACCUUGGCGGGCCCAGAGGAAUGGCACCACCCCAAUUCGAAGAACGCAAGGAUCCCCAUGGGGAGAAAAGGGAAUUUCAGGACAGCCUGUAUCAUGAGGUGACUGGCCCCUCUGCCCAGUUUGAAGGACCAGAACAAGCCCAGUUUAUGGGUAACAGAGGUGCAGCACCUUUCCAGUUUGGAGGCCAAAGAAGACCUCUGCUGUCUCAGCUCAAAGGGCCCCGAGGAGGUGCCCCACCUUCUCAGUUUGGAGGCCAGAGAGGGCCACCCCCUGGCCAUUUUGUGGGCCCAAGAGGGCCUCAUCCCAAUCAGUUUGAAAAUUCCCGGGGCCCUCAUCCCAAUCAGUUUGAAAAUGCCCGGGGCCCUCAUCCCAAUCAAUUUGAAAAUGCCCGGGGCCCUCAUCCCAAUCAGUUUGAAGGAUCCAGAGGCCAAGCACCAAAUUUCAUGCCAGGUCCCAGGGGGAUGCAGCCUCAGCAGUUUGAAGAGCAAAGGGUAAAUUCACCACCAAGAUUUGUGAAUCAAAGAGCACCUGCACCUCUGCAGUUUAGUGGACCAAGGGGGUCUGCACCGUUUCCUGAAAAAAAUGAACAAACACCUCGAUUUCCCUUUCAAGGCCAGACCCCACAAGUGAUGAAGCCUGCUCCCAGGCCCCUGCUUGAUCUCCCCAGCCAUCCCCCGCAGCACAGGAAGGACAGGUGGGACGAGGCAGGCCCAUCCUCUGCCCUGACCUCUAGCGCACCUGGACAGGGCCCCGAGGCUGAUGGGCAGUGGGCAUCGUCCGAGUGCCGAGAGGGCAAAGGCCAUGAAUACAGAAACCAGACUUUUGAAGGGAGGCCAAGGGAGCGGUUUGAAGCUGGACCCAAAGAAAAACCGCUGGAAGAGCCUGAGGCCCAGGAAAGUCGGCAGGGGCGGGCCUUUGAGGACAGGAGGCGAGAACGGGAUCGCAGCAGGAACUGGAGCAGAGAGAGGGACUGGGAGAGGGGCCGGGAGUGGGAGAGGCACCGAGAGAAGGACUCCAGCCGAGAGUGGGACAGAAGCAGGGAGAGGAGCAUGAACAGGGACAGAGAGCGGGAGGCAGACCGGGCCAAGGAGUGGGACCGCAGCCGGGAGAGGAGCAGAAACAGGGACCGCGACCGGGACAGGAGACGGGACCGAGACAGGUCUAGAAGCAGAGACCGGGACCGCGAGAAGGCCAGAGACAAGGACCGAGAGCCACGGGAGCGAGUCCGGGACCGCAAGGAGCGGAGCAGGAGCAAGGAGAGGGCCCGGGACAAGCCUGAAGCCAUGCGGGCCUCUGAUGCAGGCACUGCUGCCACCCAGACCUAGGCUCCCGCCAGCCAUGCCUGGCAGCCAGUGAUAACAGCACAUUCGUGUGUGUGGUCUCCACCUGACAAAAGCUCACAAAACAUGUUGGACAAAUAGUUUUUGAAAUAGCUAUGAACUUAGAUACAGGAUAGAACAUUCUGGACUUCAGAAAUUGCUGUAAUUU